GAGUAGGUAUACACGAUAAUCGAGCGUGCGCUCAUGAAGAUAUAAGAAGGAACCAUUCUAAUAGUUGGUAUCUCUGAUAGAUGAACUGUUUUCGAAGGCGUGACAGGAACCGCGUAGGUAAUGCAGAGGUAUGUGUUCUUAAUUCUUUUCUUUCCUUAAGCAGGCUCGAUAUUUUUCAGUAUCUGCAGAAUUUUGUAUUCCACAUCGAUGAAAACAGACACAACCUACUCUUUUAUUUGUUUUGGUUCUUUGUUUGCUUUAUUUGUUUGUUUGUUUAAUCAUUACUUUUUCGAACCUUCUUUUUGCUUUUACGCUUCUGCGGAGCUGUUGUGUAAACAAAUUUAUUCUUGAUUUUUUAGGUGUUUUUGAAACCCACAAAAAUCCAGAAAAAUAUCAUUCAUUAACUCUGGAGCCCUGUCAGCCAGAGCAAUACUGGGCUUUUAGAGAGGGUUCCAAACAAUGACAAAGUAGCCUGCGGUGGAAGUUUUAGCAGGGAGGGGGGGGAAGGGGGUAGUAAAUAAUUCUGUUUAUUUAAAGAGUAACAUGAGCCGCAAUUCAGGCCAGAAGUCCAUGACACAAAAAAGCGUAGCAAUGUUACUAUAUGCAUCUUUGACAUUUCUUGCCACAUCCCUCUUAUCUGAUGAUAACCAUAUUAAUUGAUAUUUACUCCAGAAAUACCAAAUGCCAAAGAAAUACUAAUUUUGGGGGUUUUGAGAAACCUUGUCUAGAGUUUUGCAUAUUUAGCUUGAAAAUGGUCAUUGUGAUACUCAGAGCUCUCUUCUAGGGGGAUAAAUAUGAUGGGCAUGUGCAAUAGCAUUGACGGCAAUCAUUCAAAUAAUUAAGUUAUGUUGUGUUUUGUUGUGUUCAGUUCGGCUCUGUUAAGUUUUUUUGAGUUGUAAUGUUGUUUUGCAGUGUUGUAUAGUGUCGUGUUGAGUCGAGCUGAGUUAAUUUGUUAUAUUCCUACUGUCGUGUUGUUGUGUUCAGCUGUGUUGUUUUCUUUCGUAUAGUGUUGAUUUUCUGUUCUGUUUUGUUGCUACAUUUUAUUGAAUUUUUUUAGUAGCAUCAAUCUCUUAUUUCCACCCCCCUCCCCCUCACAAAAGACAAAGUCUCUCGCAAACAUCAAUAAAUUAUCACGUUCAGUGGAAAAUUGUAAAAUUUAUUAUUUAAAAUAAAACAGCCAAGUGCUCCUUCCAGCACAUCAUUUACAAGGAAUGCUGAUCCGCCUCAGGUUAUCCCUUUCAUUUCGUGGUUCUCUGAAAGGAAAGAAGAACCUGGAGAGUUUACUAUAAGAAUAUAAGAAGGUCUGAGGCUGAAUUCCUUAUGGAGACCAUCUCUCUCUCAACUCGAUUUUGCUCUACUGUUCUAAUGUAAUCACUUUAAUUUUUUAGACUCCAGGAAUAGUCAGCAUCCAUGUGACAUACAAUGAUACAAAGAGAAUCAUUUCCUAUCAGAAAGGGGGAAAUGUUCAGGGACUCCCCUCUAAGAUCUUGCAACGAUUCUCCGACGUUUUACCUGCCAACUUUGCUUCAGAACCAGUCAAGUUCCUGCGAUAUGAUGAAAGAUUUAAGGAUUACGCAGGAUUAGAAAAUGAAUUCAAGUUUGAUGAUGACCACAAAGUUACCAUUAUUAAGGAGGUAUAAGUGCAUUGUGCGUUGUUUCUGAUCCUUAUAGCCUUCAGUGUUAUUGUUAGUAAAUUAAUUAGAAAACUAAUUAUUCCGUGGAACUUCGAUCAUAAUCUCUUGAGCUCGAGUACAGGUGUUUUUAGAGAUCUAGCGCGUUGAGGCUUUAAAAUGGGCCAAGAAGGUCUCGUCUUAUAGCAAGUUCGUCCUCUACAAAGAAAAGUUUCAUAGCUAAACCAUGAUAAAGCUCGAUGGACAAACAAAUUCCUUACCGAGCAAUAACCAACGUGCACAUUUUGUGUUUUUAUCAUGGCACUAGUUUGAGGUAGAGUGUUUCACGGCGAUUUAGAGUGCAUCCGUGACCAAGCGUUUGACUCCAAAAAAAAGCAUUGCAUUUGGAUCAAAAUUUAUUAUAAUUUCGAUAGAAAAGGAAUACGUGCUACCGUUAGUAAAUGAGUUGAAUAUUUAGGUGGUGAACUUGUUUCUUUAAGGAAACGAACUCGCAAAGGUUUAGGCGAUCAACUUGAAGUUUCUGUAGGAUAUUUAAGACAAUUAGUUUUGUGCGUUUUUAUCGUUUGUUUUGUUUAGUGUAGGUCUGUUUUGUUUUGUUUUGUUUAGUUUAGUUCAAUUUUGUUUAGCUUACUUAGUUUUGGUUUCAUUUUUUUUGUUUUGUUUAGUUUUGUUUCCUUUCCUUUCCUUUCUUUUCCUUUUGUUUCUUUUCGUUUCCUUUCCUUCCGUUUCCGUUUCGUUUUGUUUCGUUCGUUUUUCCCUACAUUAAGCCAAGUCAGUCACAUCUCUAUGAUAGAAUGCAGUUUAAACAUCAAAGCAAACCGAAAGGCAUGGUAAGAACAAAGUGUCUUACCGAAUAACUUGACAAAAUGACCCUUUUGAUCAACCCGCGGCUCCUUCUCGAAGAAAAAAAAUUCAUUCUCGCCUCUCCCCACCAACGCAGCCAUGCAAUAAGUAUAGGUAAGAAAAUGAUUUCGAGAGAACUUGGUGUCAAUAAGCACGAGUAAAUUUUUCAGAGACAACAAAAUAUCACGAGCCCGUAGGGCAAGUGAAAUUUGUAGUCUUUGGAAAGUUUACAAGUGUUUAUCACACAAAUAGCAAGAGAAAUCAUGUUAUUUUUUGUUAAUAAUGUAUAUGAAAAAAAAAAUCACAAGAAGUCAAGACAGACGAUACUUUGACAGCGUGCUCUCGCUAUUUGUAAUUCGCACUCGUGUUACAAACUAGUCGGCACUCGUGUUGUGGAUUUGUACUCGUGUUACCUUAGAAUGCACUCGUUUUCAGCCAAUCAGAAGCGUGUAGUUUUUUUCAUGUACAUUAUUAAAGAGCAAAUAAGCAUAUCCUGCAUCGUUAUACUGAGCUGAUUAUAUCUGCUACCUUUUCAGGCUAUUUCAAUUUCGGGAGGCCAACAUACAUUUUAUCUGUAUAUAAUUGAGUUGGCUGAGCUGUAUAAAAAGCCCCAUCCACUUAAGGUUAGUUCUACUUAUCGGUUUUGGAGCGCAGUUAGCAACAAAAAUGGUGGUGUUAUGAAGAGGAGUCCUAGUGAAAACAUAGUGAUUUGUGAUGGAACUUUUGAGGAGUCUGAUGCUAGUAAGUAAACAGUUAUGUUAUUUAUACAAAAAAUGCAGUGAUAUAAACAAUAGCCUCAAUGGCCGUGAAAAUAAGCUUUAGCAACAUCGGCGUCGCGAAAUUGUUUGACCCGAUGAGGAGAGCAUGAUGGAAGGGAAGGUUGCCUUCCAUCUCUCAUUGAAGCUCUUUCUAAUAACGAUAAAAAUUUACCUCUGCAAGGAUUUUAAGUCAUUGUAGCAAAUGAAGUUAAUACGUUUUAUGUAAUUUCCUGUUAGCUCAUGAUCACUUUGGCGGAAGUUCAUACCCGUCGUUGUAGUAAACUAGAUCUACAUCAGGGCGCUGGAUUUUAAUACUCACUUCUCGUAGAGCUAUUGAUAUCCUCUUCGAAAUUAAGAUAAACUUGAAAGAAUUUGAGUCAACUUGACUAAAGCCGCUUUGAAACGUAUGAAUUUUUGCCUUUUCUGUGCUUAAAUGUCUUCUAAUUGAUUUUACAACUAAAGAAAAUAUCAAACGAAGUCCAUUAACAUGCAAUUCAAACUUAUCAAACACAAUACAUCACGAACAACCUGCGACUGCUGCCUCUAACGAGGAUACUGAGCUCUGGACUAUGAGAUAGAACCGGUUGUUGCAUUAGUUUUUUAUGAGGAGUAUUCCAAGACGGUCUCUUUCCUUCGAUAUCUCCUCGUUGCUGAAGUCAAUAAUGAUAACUGCUUCUCCUUAAAUCUUUAUCACAGCUCGCAUACUGGUCACUGAUGUGAAAAAUAAGCCACCAAAUAAAAACAAUGCUGUGAAACUGCUAUUCACGGACACAAAGCCAAACAAGCUGUAUGCAAUGAAAGGAAUUGGAUGCGGACAAGAAAUCCAAACCGAAGUAAGGAGUUAUCUCAUUCAUACAAUUCAACUUUCAUUCAUUCAUUUUAGCUUCACUCAUUCAUUUAUCCAUUCAUAAUUAAUUAUGCCCACUUCCUCACCCGCUCAUUCACUCGUUCAUGAAUUUAUUCAGUCAGUCAUUCGAUCUGUCCGUCAUUAAUUGCUUAAUCAAAAUUAUUUCUAAUUCAAAGAUACUUUCCGUUUUGCAAGGAAAUGUCUUCGCAUGAUGACGAAAGCGAUAUCUUUUUGCCUGAGUAUUUCUGGAGCUACACCAUGCUCAAACACGACAGAACCGGCUGCUAUGUGGGAUGUGACUACACUGGAAAAGUGACUUUGAUGGAAAAUUCAAAGCCCGAAUAUCCUAACGCUGAGAUUCUAUUCAUCGCCAAUGCACCUUAAACUGAUUUACGCAGCAGAAGAAUGGUGGGUGUUCCGAGUGAAGUCAGCUCACUAUUUGACCAUUUUGAUCCGCCUGGGAAGCAUAAACCAUAAACAUGUUUUCCGUAGCAAAUAUGUAUCUGAUAAAUAUUAAUCAAGAGACAGCAGUUCACGUUCACCUGCUUUGAUAACGUUUUAUCUUCCGUCAUUUUCUUCAUGCCAUAUUCGAUUUUGUUAUUGAGAUGAUAUCAUCAUUUAGAUAUAAAAAUUUCAGGAAAGGAGAUAAAGCACUAAAAUAUUAAAUGAGACUACCGUCUACGUUCGUUAAUCUGUUUUUAAUCAAGUAAAAAAAUUACUCUUAUCACAAAUAGUAUUCAAGAAUUGUUAUUUCUGGCUUGUUUCUGAGACAACUGGUGUCGAAUUGAUCCAUUGGUCGCUUCAGCUGUCAACACUUGGUUAUUUCUUUGUUAAAGCAACCACAGAUGGCCCAAGCUCACGUCUUGAGAAAAAGCAAGCGAUUAAUUCAUGAAAGCGUCACGCGUUGUGUGACUCGGUGUUAACUUACUAGAAGAACCGUUGAGAAUUUGAACAAGUAAGACGUGAGCUUGGGCUGCCUGUGAAACAACCUGUGGUCAGAUUCUCUAAUCAAAAAUAGAGUAUGGCCCCGUCUUUGUGUUGAUACUGGUACCCAACCCGUCUCCGAAUCUGGGAGAACCGUGACGGACUGAAGUCCAGUCUAAACAUGACGUUAAUUCAAAAUUUGUCUUAGUGCAGUAAAUCUGCAAAUGCCAAUUUAUUUCUCAUCAUCAAACACCCUUAAAAGCCUCUGAGGUUGAAUAAUUAUAAGUUAGAAACAAACUUUACAAGGCAUUCAUUAAUCAUUCGGUAAAAAAGACAGCUGCUUUUUUUUUAAUAUGGGAAACGUCGAUGUCAUCCAGAACAAAAGAUGUAUCUUUGAAAGUAACGUUCCUUAUCACAUUUAUUUUGUGUAUGGUGCAGGUAUGUAG